UGUGUAUCUGCUUCUUAUUCGGGUGAUAGGUCACGAAACAGGUCUGAGUACUAGUCAGGUGACAGCGACAAACCUCAAUAGAGUGACAGGACGGUUCGACCAAUCACAUAUUGUCUUGUAAUUCAGGCAGCCAAUCAAAAUCAAGGGGUGGGAACAAAGGGCGAGAGGAAAUCCUAAGGAAAUGUGUGGGAUCACGCUCGGUGUGUCCAAGUAGCCUGAGCAUUAUUGACAAAUUGUUUUCAUUGUGUAACGGUAGCUUGUGGUGCGUACCGUUUGUCCGACACGAUCAAGGGUGUAGUGACCAACAAGUAAGAGGGGGGGAAGAGGGGAAGCGAUAGGUCAAAAUGUCGAUUCAGUACGAGGUGGAACAGCUGGCUGACAGCUACGGGGUUGCGGACUCGUUCCCCAAAGAUUUCGGUUAUGGUGAAGAGGAGGCCGACAUCGAGGACAGCCCGGCGCCGUCCGACAGCAAACCGAGGAUCCUGCUCAUGGGUCUGAGAAGAAGUGGCAAAUCAUCCAUACAGAAGGUGGUGUUCCACAAAAUGUCUCCCAACGAGACCUUGUUCCUGGAGAGCACCAACAAGAUCUACAAGGACGACAUCUCCAGCAGCUCCUUCGUCAACUUCCAGAUUUGGGACUUCCCGGGUCAGGUGGACUUCCUGGACCCCACCUUCGACUACGAGAUGAUCUUCAGAGGAACGGGGGCUUUGAUAUUUGUCAUCGAUGCUCAGGAUGACUAUGUGGAGGCCCUGAGCAGACUUCACCUCACAGUGUCGCGGGCUUACAGAGUCAAUCCAGAGAUCAACUUCGAGGUUUUCAUCCAUAAAGUGGACGGCCUCUCAGACGACCACAAGAUCGAGACGCAGAGAGACAUCCAUCAGAGAGCCAACGACGAUCUGGCGGACGCUAGCUUAGAAAAGCUGCAUCUCAGCUUUUACUUGACGAGUAUUUACGACCACUCCAUCUUUGAGGCCUUCAGCAAGGUGGUGCAGAAGCUCAUCCCUCAGCUUCCCACUCUGGAGAACCUGCUAAACAUCUUCAUUUCUAAUUCAGGGAUCGAGAAGGCCUUCCUGUUCGAUGUGGUCAGUAAGAUCUACAUCGCCACAGACAGCUCUCCUGUGGACAUGCAGUCCUACGAACUGUGCUGCGACAUGAUCGACGUGGUCAUCGACGUGUCCUGCAUCUACGGCCUGAGGGAGGACGGCAGCGGCAGUGCCUACGACAAGGAGUCCAUGGCCAUCAUCAAGCUGAACAACACCACCGUGCUCUACCUGAAGGAGGUCACCAAGUUCCUGGCCCUUGUCUGCAUCCUGCGGGAGGAGAGCUUCGAGCGCAAAGGAUUAAUAGACUACAACUUCCACUGUUUCCGGAAGGCCAUCCAUGAAGUGUUCGAGGUGGGGGUAACCAUACAACGUCCGACGGGCUCCCAGGCGGUGGGCUCGCCCUGCACCAAGGCCGUCGCACUGAACGGCACGCCGCGCAACACUGUGUAGACACUGAUCUAAAAUAAAAAACAAAAAGAGGCAAAAAGACAGGACAGGAUAGGAUACAUGCAAAAGGGCCAGAGAGCCUGUAGAGCAGAGACUCUAACACUGGGGCUCACCGGCGCGCCACCCACAAUCCCAUGCUCCUCCCAGCACCCAACGUACUGUGAGACAGCUCCAGCCAAGAGCGUGUGAGACAGCACGGGAGCCCAGCUCAAGCUCAGAUGGAAGGGUAAUACAAGCAUUCGUUUCUGGGGAAUGUGAGGCUGUGUCGACUGUGAGGAAGUCAAAGAGAGAAAAACUGAACCUGGAUGGGAAAAAAAAGUCCAGGAUCUUUCUUUUGGAUUUCACGGUCAAAGGCUGUGAUAAUUAGCUGCUGGUCCCUCUCCACGAACAAUGUGAUGAGGGAAAAACAAACCCUUGUUGUGACCUCUUGCUUAUGGACAAACUUUGAUGUCAGUUUACAGGAAUCUGUCUGGAGAUGAACCCAACCCCCGGCACACUUCUCUGCUGAUAGAAAAAAGAUGGUGGAUGUGAUCUGCUGGUCCUAACACACAUACAUGUUCAGAGAUGGCCUUAUGUAGAUAAAGCUUGUCUGCAGUGCAAGCUUUCUCUCACCACCACUCAACUCACCCUACCUGAAUGCUGCCCAAAACUCGCUUUUUGGUUUCACUCGUGAUGGGAAAACAAGGAUUUGUGUGCAGACUGAAAAGGGAUUGUGUGUGUGUGUGUGUGUGUGUGUGUGUGUGUGUGUGUGUGUGUGUGUGUGUGUGUGUGUGUGUGUGUGUGUGUGUGUGUGUGUGUGUGUGUGUGGUGUGUGUGUGUGUGUGUGUGUGUGUGUGUGUGUGUGUGUGUGUGUGUGUGUGUGUGUGUGUGUGUGUGUGUGUGUGUGUGUGUGUGUGUGUGUGUGUGUGUGUGUGUGUGUGAGAGAGAAAGGUUUGGAUUGGAUCCCAGGCUGGGACCUUUUUACAGAAAGAGUUUAUGUCCUUCUUCUCAUAACAGCUGCUUAGCAUAAUUAAACUCUUCAUCAGUGAAAGUAACUUUUCUGUGUGCGCUCCUCUGAAAAUCUAUCUUUCGAUUGACUUUAUGAUAGAUUGUAGAACAUAUCUUGGUUGGAAAUUUGAAAAUAUUCAGAAAAAGCACUGCCAAAAUAAUGAAAUGACUCGGAAACGUGAAAAUAUGCCACGAUUAUAACCAUGUUUUUUGCCAUCGAUUUUAAAUAAAAGUAUUCCUUAUGAAUACGAUAAGACAUUUUCAGAGAAUGGUUGAAACUUGCAUGUUUUCCACCUACAGUUUCAGUCCUGCCCAAAAUUAUUGAUCAUGUUUUGUAUUUAGUUUGGCUUUGUUCAGCAGGAUUCACAAAAACAAAAUGUACCCAUUCCAAGCAUGCAUACAUCGGUUUCAACUUGUCUUGGUUAGUUGCUCACAUGGUGACGGUUGAGAACAAUACGAGUAAACAGAUAAACAAGACCAAAUUCCAUUUCUAUUGCCACAUGUACAUGCCUGUUUGUCUAUAUCAGGACUGAUAUGAGGGAACCCUGUCAUGUUAUCUCGAUCUGUUUGCCGAGUUAAACGCGUUCGAAAUAUUCAUGUUCCAGAUUUUACAAGUUAUUUUGGUAACUUUAUGAAGUUCCUUCUUGAAACAGACCCUGAGAUCCUCUUAACCUAGUCAUUAUUAAUCACCUAAAAUAAACACUUGCACAUCAGAACUGUGAUGGAUGAUUGAUUUCAUGUAUUGUGAUGACGCUAUACUAUGUGAAAUAAAUGAACAUUUUAAUUUUAA